GGGUCUGUCACCUUUCUUCCGGUUUGUGAGAGGAAAACAUGGCGGCAGAGGGGGAUGUGGAGCUGGAGCUGGAAAAUGAGGAGAACUGCGAGCGGCCGGCUGACAAGCCUAGGAAACAUGACAGCGGGGCGGCCGACCUGGAGAGAGUGACCGACUAUGCGGAGGAGAAGGAGAUCCAGAGCUCCAACCUGGAGACGGCCAUGUCAGUAAUUGGAGACCGACGAUCAAGAGAACAGAAAGCCAAGCAAGAAAGAGAAAAGGAACUUGCCAAGGUCACAAUCAAGAGGGAAGACGUGGAGCUUAUUAUGAAUGAAAUGGAAAUUCCUCGAUCAGCAGCUGAACGAAGUCUGAGGGAACACAUGGGAAAUGUGGUAGAAGCUCUCAUCACUCUAACCAACUGAACUCAAUCACAUUUACUAAAGCUUCAUCUCUCCUUAUGGAAACCUUCCAUUAAAAGUGGGAGCAAGCCUGGAUGGUGGACUAUUCAUUAUACCAGAGAGGAACAACCUGGAUCUCCGAGAUAAUUGUGAAACUACAAGUCCCAGCAAGCUCCGACAUAGGUGUGUUGGGACUUCUAAUUCCACAGCUGACAGGUUUUCUUUAGAUUAUGCCAUGUUGGUUAAGAACAUGUUUAACAAAUGGACCAACUAAUGGAUACAUCGGGUCCUAUUCAAGUGUUUAUUAUCAAUUUGAGAGCCCAAAUGGCAAUGUGUAAUAAGUUAUUUUGAAUAAAGGACAACUUUAUUAUGUUUGCUG